AACCUGCGAGACGGUCCAGGUCAGCCUGCCGAGGCGUCAAGUUUGCGUUAAUCACGUCGCGGUUACAGUUUCAGACAUAUUUGUCCAGCGCAGGAGUCAGGAUAUAGGAUCAGACUCCGCUCCGCCGCCGGGAGCCACGUUAUGACUACGUGUUGUUGUGGGAGACUUGACGUGAGCUCGUGAGGUGAGUUGUGACUCCCCCCCCACCGUCUUGUGUCUCCGUGCACCUGCAUGCUCUUGGAGCGGCCCGGCCUGCGCUCGGUGACUGUGCCACGCUAGCAGAACCCAUGGCUUCCGGCCCGCCGCCUCCCUCCGCAGGCCGACGGUUCAGGCUGCUGGAGUUGCUCUUCGGGCUCCUGCUGGUCCUGCUGCUGUCUGGGCUGGAACCAGUGCUGGGAGAGAAGAUCUACACCAACACUUGGGCCGUCCACAUACCCGGGGGGCAGGAGGAAGCCGAUCGAAUCGCCGGGAAACACGGUUUCAUCAACCACGGUCAUGUAUUCGGCGACUAUUAUCACUUCCGGCAUCGCACGGUGGCGAAGCGGUCGCUGUCUACACACAGGGGUACACACGUCCGUCUGCUCAAAGAUCCCAAGGUGAGCUGGGCAGAGCAGCAGCUGGUGAAACGGAGGAAAAAGAGGGACGUUUUCGUGGAGCCGCGGGAUCCCAAGUACAGAGACCAGUGGUACCUGUACAAUGGCGACCAUCGUGACUUGAAUGCCAAAGCCGCCUGGCAGUUGGGCUACACAGGUAAAGGCGUCGUGGUGUCCAUACUGGACGACGGAAUAGAGAAGAACCAUCCGGACCUGAGUGACAACUACGAUCCGGGUGCCAGUUAUGAUGUAAAUGACGGCGAUCCAGAUCCUCAGCCUCGAUACACACAACUUAAUGACAACAGGCAUGGGACACGGUGUGCAGGAGAAGUGGCAGCCGUAGCAAACAACGGCGUGUGUGGAGUCGGAGUGGCCUACAAUGCAAAGAUUGGAGGUGUGCGUAUGUUGGACGGCGAAGUGACAGAUAUGGUGGAAGCCCAGUCUCUCAGUCUGAAUCCUCAGCACAUCGACGUCUACAGUGCCAGCUGGGGCCCGGAGGACGACGGCAAAACAGUCGAUGGACCUGCCAAGCUCGCCAAAGAAGCCUUUCUGCGUGGAGUUACAGAGGGCCGUGGCGGCUUGGGCUCUAUCUUUGUUUGGGCUUCGGGCAACGGCGGAAGGGAGAAGGACAGCUGCAACUGCGACGGCUACACCAACAGCAUCUACACCCUCUCCAUCAGCAGCUCCACUCAGAACGGCAACGUGCCCUGGUACAGCGAGGCGUGCUCCUCCACCCUCGCCACCACCUACAGCUCCGGGAACCUCAACGAGAAGCAGAUAGUGACGACAGACCUCAAAUCCAAAUGCACAGACUCCCACACAGGCACCUCUGCCUCUGCCCCGCUGGCUGCUGGGAUCAUUGCUCUCGCCCUUGAGGCCAAUAAAAACCUGACCUGGAGGGAUAUGCAACAUCUGGUUGUGAGGACGUCCCACCCGGCCCACCUGCUCGCGGACGACUGGCGGACCAAUGGGGUCGGACGCAAAGUUAGCCACUCAUAUGGAUACGGUCUACUUGAUGCCAGUGAAAUUGUGAAGUUGGCAGAGACGUGGACCAAUGUGGGACCGCAGCGAAAAUGUGUGAUCGCCAUGGUCAAUGAGCCAAAGAACAUCGGCAGCCAUUUAUCUAUAAACAAGACUGUGGACGCCUGCAUCGGCUCAGACAGUCACGUGAGCUCGUUAGAGCACGUCCAGGCCCGGCUCACCCUGUCCUACAACCGGAGGGGAAACCUGGCCAUCCACCUCAUCAGUCCUGCUGGCACGCGAUCCACGCUGCUCCACCCACGGCCUCAUGACUACUCGUCCGAGGGUUUUAACGACUGGGCCUUCAUGACCACCCACUCCUGGGACGAGAAACCCACCGGGGCGUGGACGCUGGAGAUCGAGAACGUGGCGGGCGCAAGUGACUACGGCACUCUGACCCAGUUCGUCCUGGUGCUGUACGGAACCAGCUCAGCAUCUUCCAGCUCCUCCAGCAAGCCUCAGCCCGCCAAUGACAGCUGCAAGACCUUGGAUCUGAGGCAGAUAUGCAUCGAAUGCAACGCUGGCUACUACCUCUUCCAGCUGGGCUGCGUCAAACAGUGUCCGGCGGGCUACUCGGUGGGCUCCAAGCCCCUCAACUACACCGUGGGGAACUUUAUAUCACCGGCGUCCGUCCCGGCCUGCCUGCCCUGCCCGCCGCCCUGCCUGACCUGCAGCAGCCUCAGCCCCCAGUCCUGCCUGUCCUGCCCUCCGCACAGCUCCCUGGACCCCGUCUCCGGCACCUGCCUGCACCUCAACCAGUACAUGCGCGAGUCGCCCGGCAGCUUCAUGGUGGGCCCGGGCAACACCAAGACGCAGCUCCAGCUCGGCUCCCGGCUGCCCAUCACCAUCGCCGUGCUCAGCUGCAUGGCCAUCAUCGCCACCUUCGCCGGCAUCUUCCUGCUGCUGCAGCUGCGCUCCGGCGCGCUCAUCAAGCUGCCCUCCCUGGAGGCGGGCGGCGGCCUCGGCGGCCUCGGGGGCAGCUUCAGCCUCGGAGGGAACAGGGUGGUGUCGUACCGGGGCAUCCCGACGGUGUGGGGGGACGAUGGGGCGAACACAGACUCCGACAACGAAGAUUUUGACGUCCAAAAUGAGAGGACUGCCUUUAUCAAAACACAAAGUGCUCUUUAAUGCCUCCUGCACAUCCCUCCUCCUCUCCUGCUUUUAAACUCUCCCCAUCUCCAUUUGUCUGAGAAGUCAGGGCUGUGCUAACUGUCCAUUCACAGUCCUCUCUGGUUUUAUCUUUUAUCCCCUUUCUUCUUCUUCUUUUUCUUCUUCGGUCUUAUCAGAUUCCCAUCCGAGUCCCGUUUUAGAUCCGAGCUUCCACUCUGCUGUGGGGGACCUGAUGGGAAGCUGCUGUCUCUCAAAGCUCGGGAUGGACAGAGCUUUGCUCUGUUCACACUCGGGUGCAUUUCUAUUAAACUGACUCACUCCCUCCUCUUGCCCUCAAUCACUAACAGUGUCUGUCUGUGAAGAGUCCAUUUCCCCCUCCAGCUCCAGCCCCUUUUUGUUACAGUAAACAAAUGAUUAUUAUUUGCUUCCUUCCUCUUUUCUCCUCUCUUUCCAUUAGUCUCAGUGCAGUAGCCAGACGAGAUUGUUGAAUGUGAGUGCUGGGCGGUGUGUGUGUUCAUGUGAAUGUGUGUGCGUGUGUGUGUGUGUGAGUCUGAUGAGCUGAGUCGUGCCCUUUAUAGAGAGGCUAAUGCGGGUCCUGUCAUAUUUAGUAUUUUAACUGAAACCGAUGACAAAAAAAUUGUAUUAGGAGACAUAAAAUCCCAUUUGGAACCAUUUGUUCUCUUUAAAAGUGUUGAGAGACGUCGGCUUUUAAAGUCUGUUCAGAAAAGCACCACUUAUCUGGAUGAUUUACAUAUUUAAAGUGCAUUAUAAAAAAUGCGCAAAUCAAAUGCAUGAUGGCUGAGAAGGAACGACGCAGACUGGAGUUUAAUGCCACCAGCCAGACAAAGUAAACAGUCUGAGAGGCGACUAAAUGAGCCUCCUCUGCUCACUUCCUCUUUACGUUGAUGAAACAGUAGCGUCUACUUCAAAUACAGCCCCCCCUUUCCGGCCAGUGGCUUUUAAAAGCAGAAUAUUAAAUCUUCUUGUGGCAUCUGGAGAGUUCUCUCUGCUCUGG